GCAGUUCUGAGAACGGGGCUUAUUUUUGGAAAUAUCUUUCUGUCAAAUAGGUAUUGUUAUUAAUUUUUUUUUAGUGUUUUGAUACAUUAAUCUUGCGUUGUUUUUAUCCAAAUCUAAUUAUUUUAGUGCACCAAUUAUUAUAUGAUAUUUUAUUUAGAAAUUGCAGUUUGAGAAAUAAUGGGAGCUGUUUUGGGUCUUUGUUCUGCAGCACAGCUAGCCUGUUGUUGUGGUAGUGCAGCAUGUUCACUAUGCUGUUCUGCUUGUCCAUCAUGCAGAAACUCAACCUCAUCACGUAUUAUGUACGCAUUAAUGCUAUUGCUUGGUACAAUUGCAGCCUGUAUUACUCUAGCUCCUGGAUUGCAGGAUGCUCUUAAGAAGGUUCCCUUCUGCGCUAACAGUUCAAGCUCAGGACAAGCUGUUUUACCUGCAUCUGUGGUAUUUGAUUGUGACAAAGCAGUGGGAUACUUAGCGGUCUAUAGAAUUUGUUUUAUAUUAACAUGUUUCUUUGCUCUGUUUGCUUUGAUGAUGAUUGGAGUUAAAUCAUCUAGGGAUCCGAGAGCUGGAAUUCAGAAUGGAUUCUGGGGCAUAAAAUACCUUCUAGUUAUUGGUGGGAUAAUAGGAGCAUUUUUUAUUCCUGAAGGAACCUUUGGGAUAACAUGGAUGUGGUUUGGGAUAAUAGGUGGCUUUAUGUUUAUUUUAAUUCAGUUAAUAUUGAUUAUUGACUUUGCACAUUCAUGGGCAGAAGCAUGGGUUGGCAAUUUUGAAGAAACUGAAUCAAAAGGAUGGUAUUUUGCACUGUUAGGUGUAACAUUCUUGAAUUAUGUACUUAGUAUUGCUGGUGUAACUUUAUUAUAUAUAUUCUUUACUCAGCCUCACUCCUGUGACCUAAACAAAUUCUUUAUUUCCAUCAAUUUAAUUUUCUGUGUGAUUGUUAGUAUUCUUUCUGUUCUGCCGGCAGUUCAAGAGAAGCUUCCACGAUCUGGAUUAUUACAGUCAUCUGUUGUAACAUUAUAUGUAACAUAUUUAACAUGGUCAGCUGUUUCUAAUUCAGCGAAGGAAUGCAACCCUGGAUUAUGGGGUAUUUUUGGUGGAAAAUCAAAUGGAAAUGAUUUUGAUGUUGUAGGUUUAUUUAUUUGGAUGUGUUGUGUUCUGUAUUCUUCUUUGAGAUCUGCUAGCAAAUCUUCGAAAUUGACCAUGUCAGAAAAUAUGUUGGCACAUGAUAACGGAGCAGUUAGAGGCUCUGGAACUGAUAACCUAGUCGAAAACGAAGGUAACGACGGAGGCGAAGGCGGUAAUGGCAAGAAGGUCUGGGAUAAUGAAGACGAGAGCGUCGCUUAUAGCUGGAGCUUCUUCCAUGUCAUGUUCGCUUUGGCCACCCUGUAUAUUAUGAUGACGUUGACAAACUGGUACAAGCCAAACUCUCAUAUUGAACAAUUCAAUUACAACGCGGCUUCUAUGUGGGUGAAAGAAAUAUCAAGCUGGCUAUGCUUGGCUCUGUACUCUUGGAGCUUGGUAGCUCCUGUUUUGCUUCCUGAUAGAGAAUUCUAAAUUGUGAUUUGUAUUUCUAACCUUAAUCCUAUCUUCAGCUGUAAUCUUAGCGUGUACAUAAUUAUACUUACUCAAUGUAUCGACACCAUGUGAUCAAAAAGUUUUAUAAUCAAGUAUUCUUUGUAUGAUGACAGAUAAACGAUCCUUAUGAGAAAUACAUUAAAGAUUUUCUAACUGUCAAAGUCAAAGUUCACUUGACUAUGAAUGUUUUUGAUCCAACUACGAGCCCUAACAACUAUAUGUUGGGACAAGGUCUUUUUUUGCAAUAAAAAUAGUAAUUUGUUAAAACGAAUCAAUUUAUUUUGUUUAUUAUUCUAAAUUCAA